CCGGAGUUAGCCGGUCUCGCAUCACCGUUCCUCCUGGCUCUUUAGAUCCCGACCGGCUUUGGAAAAAUAAUGUCUCUGCACUCAACCUCUUUUCCUGGAGUGCAGUGUCACGCUGGUGACAGAACCUGGCCACUCCAUUAGACGAUGACGCCGCUGUCUCGUUUCUCCUGAGUGUUCACUGGGAGUAAGAGCAGAGGGAAAGAGCCUUGCUGAGAACGGUGCAUCGCACGCCUAGGCCUCUGCUCACAGCUUUUAUGAUGCCACCUGUGAAUGCCUCGAUCAGAGUAGGAUGAGUCACCUGGCCGGCCAAUUGCGACUGCGGCCGUUCUCCACGCCUGACUUGGUGGCACUGUUAUGAAGUGUGGCAGGAUAGACCUGCACAGCUGUCACUGUCAGUGUCGGCUCACUGGGAUGCUCGGUGGAGAUGACAGCCAACUGCUCCAGCAGCUCUGCCUGCCCUGCCGACAGCUCCGAGGAGGAGCUGCCUGGGAUGCCAGAGGCGCAUGGGAGCCUGGGACUGGUCUUCACCGUGGGGUCUGCUGUGAUGAUAGCCAUGGUCAUGUUCUCUCUUGGGUGCUCUGUGGACAUCCAGAAGCUCUGGUGGCACCUCAGGAGACCCUGGGGUGUUGCAGUGGGACUGGUCUGCCAGUUUGGGCUUAUGCCCCUGACAGCCUACCUCCUGGCCAUCAGCUUCUCUCUGAAACCAGUGCAAGGGAUCGCUGUUCUCAUCAUGGGGUGCUGCCCCGGGGGGACCGUCUCUAACAUCUUCACCUUCUGGGUGGAUGGAGAUAUGGAUCUCAGCAUCAGCAUGACAACCUGUUCCACGGUGGCUGCCCUGGGAAUGAUGCCCCUCUGCCUUUAUCUCUACACCUGGUCCUGGGAUCUGACCCACAGUCUCACCAUUCCGUAUCAGAACAUAGGGAUUACUCUGCUAUGUCUGACCAUCCCAGUGGCCUUUGGCAUCUAUGUGAAUUACAAGUGGCCAAAACAAUCGAAAAUCAUCCUGAAGGUCGGGGCCAUUGUUGGUGGGCUCCUCCUCCUGGUGGUCACAGUCGCUGGUGUGGUGCUGUCAAAGGAAUUCUGGAAUUCAGAUGCCAGCUUUCUGACCAUCAGUUUCAUCUUCCCUUUGAUUGGUCACAUCUCGGGCUUCCUGCUGGCUCUCCUUACCCGCCAGUCCUGGCAAAGGUGCAGGACAAUUUCCUUAGAAACCGGAGCUCAGAACAUUCAGAUGUGUAUCACCAUGCUUCAGCUGUCAUUCACUGCUGGGGACCUGGUACAGAUGUUUAACUUCCCCCUGGCCUAUGGGUUCUUCCAGCUGCUGGAUGGACUGCUCAUUAUUACAGUGUAUCAGGCAUACAGGAGGCUGAAGAACAAACACAGACAGCAGAGCCGGGAUUGCGCAGAGGCCCCUGCUGAGCGGACAUCUAAAGAGACCAGUGCUUUCUUGCAGGGGGCUGAAACGUUGGCUGCAACCUCUGGGCCAUCGGGGCCGAGUGGCCCUCUCACUUUUUGUGAUCAGUGUGAACUUGCUGGCCAGACAGGCCCCAGCCCUCCAGAGCAGCCAGGAAAGAUGGUGGGAACUGCUGGCUGGACGCCCCUGGCAGAGCCUUGAAGCAUCAAGUGUUAGAAAACUUGUUUGUGUUUUUGUGCAGAUUGCAAGCUGCAGUCGGAUCACUUUCUGAGGUGUUCUGCCCUUUCAGGGGGCUCUUUGGGGUGCACAGGUUAGGGUCACUCUGUGUGCCUGCUUUCCUGGAAUAGAGGGUGCACAGGGGGUGGGACCUUCAAUGCCAGGGGCACCGCACCCUUCUGUGGGUUUGCAUGCAACAAGAAUCAGGACCCAGGCAGACAUGGUCUCUGAUGCAGGCUUGAGCUCAGCCUGGGUCCAUGUCACUUCUUGAGCCAGGGCAGGUCCUUGUGGCACUCAGGAGAAAACUGUAGCUUUUACCAAAAAAUGGAGCUCUUUUUUCAAACCACUGUUACUUAUGAAGAGUCGGAAUAUCUUUUUUGAUCACAGACACUAUGGAAGCUUUGAGGGCAGUUAAAGAAAACAUGGGUUCAAGAAGCAAAAGCUUGUAUUGUCACUCCCUAGAGACCCACACCUCCACACGCAUCCUGAUCUGUGUGUGCACAGAGUCCUUUGAAGAACAUGAGAAUGGCCCAUGCCUGUGCUGCUUGGCAGGGCAGAGGGGGCCAUCACAAAGGCUUUCUACCCACGAGCCUGACCUACCUCACUCUGCACAGUGGCAGAGCCAGGGAAGCGUCACCAUGCACAUGAGGAGGUAACUCCUCACCCAGCUGUAGUCACAGCCAUCCACAGCGCUCUGUGUGUGGGUGCCGUGGUGCCCUGCACUGGCACUGCCACUGCUUGCCAACCCGGCUGUCUGAUGCUGGCUCCCUCUCCCCCCAGGACCUGGGCUCCUGCAGGCUUGCUGGACCAUGGGAAUUGUAAAACACCUCCCUUGAAACUCAUUUGCAAAAUCGGGCAUGAAGCAGAGUACUUGGGGCCUUUGCCCUUUGCUGGUGUCUGUGCUGCACUGUUUCACUUUAUGGACAGUAACAAAUCCCAGUGGUGACGGUGCGUCUGUCCCACACAUGGCCAGCACUUAUUGUCAUUUAUCUUCUUUUUCUAAUGUAAGGUUUUAUAGUUUUUACACAUUCAGCUUUGUUUGUCUUUUAAAAUGUUUAAAAAUUCUAAAUAUUAGAAUAUUUAUAUUUUUUGUAUGGCACAUGACUCUGUACAAAUGUACUCAGCUCCUUUCGGGAGUCCAUAUGGGGACACAACACACUUAUGCACUGCAGCGUGUGCGGAAUACAGCCUGCAGUAGGUAAGCCUGCACUUCUCUAUGCUGACAUCAUUAAAGAUACUUUCCCCUAUGUUUUUGUAUUCCUUUGAUGGUCUGAGUAUGUACAUAUUUAUUCUAUUUUUGAAUUCAAUUUUUGGCAUGUUAAAAAUCUGAUUUUUUAUGCUUAAUUAUUCCAAGAGUAUAUAUUUAAUCCUUGCCUUAGUCAUUCUCUUGUUGCUGGGACAAAAUACCUGAUCCACAAGUUAAAGGAAGAGAGGCUGCUUUGGGCUGCAA